AUGGAGGGCUUAAUCAACUUUACUAAGAUUUUACAUAGAAGAAACUGUGUACUUACACCAGUUUUCACACAAUAUUUAGACCGCAGUCAAUUUAAUACAAUAUAUUCGAGGGUAUACAACAAAUAUAUGCUACAUCCGCGUGGUGAUGUCAGUUUCUCUUCCAGAGCCACCAAGAAUUCACAAAAAAUAUCUGAUACCAAGAAAAAUGACAUUAAAAACGGUAAUAAAAGUAGUUUCCAAAGUAAUUACAAGAAUCAAAUAAAAGGCGAUGUGAAAAGUGAGUUACAAGAUGUUAAAUGUGAUGCUUCCACGAGAAGGACUAUGGAAAUGGAAAAAUUUAAAGUUAAAGUCUCAGAAAAGUCGCAAAAGUUCAAAUUAUUUGCCCUGUUAACCUUCAAAAAGUACGGAAAACUUGGAGCAAUUACCUAUUUCGGAGUAUACUUAACAACACUAGCCGGGUUCACCAUCGCAUCUUACAAUGGAUUUCUCUCCAGUGAAGACAUUAAAAAGGGGCUAAAAUUGUUGCAUAUGGAACAUAUAAAGUGUCCAGAUUUGGAUGGUAAAUUUGGCAGGUUUUUGGUGGCUUAUGUUGCAUGUAAAAUGGCAGAGCCCAUUAGACUCGUUGCAACUAUCAUCAUAGUGACACUUGUGUCUAGGAUCAUGUCAAUUAGGGCCAUAAAAGGAACAUUGGCCAAAUGA